UGUGAUGACGGGAGUUGUCCAGCAGGGGGCAGUGUGAUGAUGCUCAGCUGUCGGCGGAGCGCUGUUCAUAAGUAGCAGAAGAAAUCACCGGGAAACUGCGCUUUCAUGCUAACAGAGCAGUAAAUCAAGAAUUAAACAUCACUGACAGGAUCGAUCGCCAUGUCCCAGAGGAAGAGAGCGGUAACCGCUUCACAGAGCAAAACAAAGAGACGCUCUCAGGUAUCUCUGGAUGAGGAUGACGAGGAUGCUAAUUUCAGCCAGAUAACCUCAUCACAGGUGCAGCGAGCCCGAGAACACUUCACGACUGACCAGCUCGACCGCAAGGUGGCUGAGGUGGUCCAGUUCAUCUUAAUUAAAGACCAAAAAAAAAUACCCAUUCGAAGAGCAGACAUUGGUAAACAUGUGAUAAAAGAAUACAAAGCCAUCUAUUCAGAAAUCAUAAACCGAGUUUGCCGCAAGUUUGAUCAGGUGUUUGGAUUAAAGCUGGUGGAGAUUGACCCCAAAAAUCACAUUUAUAUCCUGAUUAAUAAACUGGAGCCCGUUAAUGGAGAGCCGGUGAGCAUGCGUCCUGGAAACCCAAAGACAGGCCUGCUGUUUGUGAUUCUGAGCGUCAUCUUCAUGAAGGGAGGUGUCAUUAAAGAGAAUCUGGUGUGGAAUACACUCAAGAAGCUGCGGGUGGAUCCAGGGGAAAAGCAUGACGAGUUUGGUGAUGUAAAGAAGGUGGUCACAGAUGAGUUUGUACGGCAGAAAUAUUUGGAGUAUGUGAAGAUCCCCCACACAGAGCCAGUGGAGUAUGAGUUUCGCUGGGGUCUGCGGGCAGAGAAGGAGGUGUCUAAACUCAAGCUACUGGAGUUUGUUGGAGAGCUUUUUGACCAGGAUCCUCAGAGCUGGACACAGCAGUUCAGAGAGGCCAGUGCUGCGGAGACCAGCAGCUAGAGAUCAUCAACACCUUGUGAUGUGCGGUUAUUAGCCAUAUCUAAAUAGACCCUGUUAUUUAAACUGAGGUGGAAGAAGAACAUGCUUUCAUAUGAAACAUCUUUUGGAGCUCUUUUGUCAAAAAAAAUUACAAUGGUAAAAUAUUUUAAUUACAAUGUUUCUUGAUUAUAAAUAAAGUUAUUUUACAGUU